AUGAAUUCUACGCCGGGACCCGUCUAUCAGUUACCUGGACUAGUAGGCAGUGGUAAUCAUGAUCCACGUUCAGUUCAUUCAAAACAACCAGCAUAUUCAUUUGGAUUAAAACAUGGUAAAUUUAAAGAUGAAGCAUCACCUGGUCCAUGUUAUUUUCCCAAUCCAAAAAUUUUUCGUGAUGGUAAAGAUGGAACACCACAAUAUAGUCUUUAUGCUCGACGUGGUGAUCUAAAAGCAGAUCAAAAUCCCGGUCCUGGAACAUAUAAACCAGAAGAACAUGGCCCAAUGAAAAGUGUUUUUGAAUCACCGCCAUCAUACACAUUUGGCUCAAGACAUAAGUAUUUUGGUUUGGAUAAUACGCCAGCUCCAAAUGCCUAUGGUUUACCAGCAAUGCUCGGAAAAACUGUUGUUAGUGUGAAAAAACAAGCUCCAAUAUAUACGCUGACUGGAAGGAGUAAACGAGGAGGAUUCGAUGAAGAUUUGCAAAGAACUCCCGGGCCAGGAACAUACGAUGUUAUUAAACCAAGUAUUUAUAAACAAGAGCCACCAAGUUAUAGCAUGACAGCAAGAAAUUCAAUGCCAGGUGAUAAUACGUCAAAACCAGGUCCUGGUGUUUAUUCACCGGAAAAAGUGUGGAUGCACAAACAAGCAGCUCCCGGAUAUUCAUUUGGAAUACGUCAUAGUCUCUAUGAAGCACCUCUUAUUGUAGAAGUAAAAGAAUAG